AUGCCAACAGUCCUACUCCCGUCGUCCGCCGCCGCCUUUGCGCCGAGAUCAUCCCCGAAUGUGGUGCUGAAUAGGAAAGUUGCGCCGUGGUUGACGGCCACCUUGAAGCGAGUCAACCGAGUCAAGCGUCCGCUAAAUAAUGUCACCCAACACACACGGUGUCUGACGGAGACGCUGUCAUCGUCGAAUGCGAUCUGGACAUUGUGUUCCAUGACAUUUCCCAAAGCCCCCGAGGCAAAGCUUCGCAAGGACGACAACCCACUUAUCGAAGGGCUGUUCAACUAUCAGAUGAUCCACAUCGAAGCUUACGUCGUCCAUGUUGACAUGGUCUCCCGUAACGAAGUGGCCUUCAAGUUGACCCCGGAGACGAUCGAAUCCCUGGUCGAUUACUACAACGACAUCUUCUCGGUGGAUAACGCCUCCCGUCACCAAUGGGACUGGUCGGGAAAGCACACCGAGCUGAAGAAGUUGCAGGAGGAAUUCGUCCAAGCCGCCAACAAAUUCGUCUACCGAACCAACGCCGAGGCCCUCGAAGGACUGGAAGAAGACGGCGCCGGAGAGCUGCUGUGCAGCCGCAGCGCAGAAGUCAAGGCAGCCAUCGAAAAGCUCUUCAUCUGGCUCGAAUCACCUCAACCUCGACAGAUGGACAUCAUGCGCCCUGUGCCCCUUCUCCCCAGCUCCACCGGCACAGAAACCUGGUGGCAGACCCCGAUGCCCCAGCCGCCUCUCGAGUCGUGGAAAGUACUGUCGCCCAGCCCAACCCCGGCCACGGCUGAUUCUAAUCCGAAUCUUUGGGCUAGUAUCAGUUUCAGUGACGCUCAGCUUCCAUCCCCGACCCCGUCUUACUGCCAACCCUACACCACCUCGCCGUACCAGUCCUACGACUGCAUGCCGACCACCUCGGCCGGUAUCAACGCACUGCCGUUGCCGAGCACGCUCGUGCAACCCUGCAGCACGGCUGUGAACAUGGGAUUUGGCGGAUUUGGCUGGGGAGACUUUACCGCGCUGCCAUACGGCAUGAUCGCCUAG